AUGGUACAAAGAGGAACGCGCAUAGGGCCGCUGCCUGGGGGUCGCCGGGGCGCGUCUGGAGCUGGCGCUGGACGCGGCAGCAUGCGGGCCGCCAGCCGAGCGCGAGGAGCUGUACGAUCACCUAGCAGCCCUCCGCAUCCAUCAUCCCCACCAGAAGGCUUGGUGUCGGCUGGGUCUUCUCGGACUCAGCAAGCGGCACCCGCCGCUGGUGGAGCACGUCGCAUGCGUUGGUCACAAACAAUGAACGCAAACGCACUGCGGGCGUACUUUAGGGCAAAAGGGGAAGAAACCGGAUGUUUGGCAUAUCGGGCUCGGAUGCAUCGCUUUUUUGCAGAGCUGGAGCCAUCUCUAUCCGUCACUGAGCAAAACCUGGCAGACCGAGUUCGGUACAUCCUGAGCUCCAACAUAUUUGGUGACGCCGAACUCGAACGACUACGACGUGAGGCUGUUCCCUCAUCGGAUGGAAAUGCUACGGCUGGGAAUGCGGCGCCACUAAUUGCGCAGCAAACUGCAAAUGUGGACGCUGCCGUCAAUAUUCCAUUUGUAGUUGAUUCAGACGAUGAUGGAAUAGUCCCCCACGAACUAGAGAAAAUGAGGAGCAUAUUGGAAGAGUCGAUGCUGGAAACGCGCAGCAUGCCUCUCGAAAAUCGACCGCGACUUCCCCGCAUACCCCUUAGCAAGCGAAAUCGGGCUGUCGUGCGGGCUCUUAACCCAAUGCUGGUGACCUAUUUGGAAGCCAGCCGGGACCUUUGCGAGACGGACUCUAUUCUUUUUGGCGCCGCACUGGCAGUAUGCCGUAUUAUUGGCGCCAAACUUCCCAUGGCUGGACGUGCUACUCAACAAGGUAGUGCCAUCCCAGCCUGGAGAAAAAGAAUCGAGGACCGUAUCGCAAAGGCAAGGGCCCUUAUCGGCAGACUGACAAGCUUCAGGUCGGGUAAUAUUAGACCGAGAGUUGUGCGCACCGUUAGAAUGGCGUUUGCUGGGACAAAUAUUAGUUUGUCCCAGCCGGAUAUCACGCAGAAACUAACGGAGCGCAUAGAUGACCUGAAGCAAAAAAUCGCUGCUUGGGGGGAAGCGGAUUCGACGAUUUAG